AUGGCAUCUCCUGGCCGCUCCACUACCGGUGCCGCCGCCGCGAACCUCCUCACCCUAAACGUCAGCGGUACAACCUUCACCGUACGACGCGAGGUCCUCGUACAGGUGGUACCCACCUGGGUGCCGUCGGCCGUCGCUCCGCCAUCCCCCAUCAUAUCCCCCUUAGAGGGCCCUCAAGCCGCACCCACCAGCCGUCGACAGCAGCCCUCAAGCCACCCCGCAGGCGAGGCCGUACUCCCCACCCUCAACCCCUGCCCCGGAUCCGGAUCCCCCUCUCUGUCCCUGGCUCCCACCAUGCUGGGCGCCAUGUUCAGUGGUCGCUGGGAAGGGGGCCUGCCGCGUGACGAGCUGAGGCGCCCCUUCCUGGAGCUGGAACCCACCUGCUUCAGGCAGCUGGUCAAUUGGCUGGUGGCGCUGUACCGUCCAGCGAUCAAGGGAGGUUGCCUUGCCACCGAAGAACGCAGUGCUGCUGGGGGGCAGCUGGAGCCCAUCCCUGGAGGACCAGGACCAGGACCAGAGAGGCGAGAGGAACCGGCGGGGGAUCGGCAGCCUGGGUGGAGGGACCUCCAUGCGGGUGCUGCUGCGGCGGCGGCGGCUGUCAGUGGCGCCGACACAGCUGAGGGCCCGAGAGGCGAGGGCUGCAGGGGCGCCGGCAGUUUCGAGGAAACCGAGUGUACGGCGGAGUUGCUAUUGCGCGCGCUGGCGGCCGCGGGUGUGCCGCCAGCGCCUCCGCCGCCCUCCGACGUCGGGCUGCUCACAACGCACUUGGAGAUGCUGCGCUACCUGGGCAUGCCGCUGCCGUACGUGCCGCCGCCGCCAGCACCGCCGCCGCCGCCACCGGCCGCGCCGCCGAUGACGCGCUGUCUGGGCCCUGCUGUGUUCCAUUUACUUGUGGAUCGGGCCGUGUGGGUUCACGGGUGCAAGCGGCCUUCCCUGGAGAGGUGGAGCUCCAACGGAGAGAGGAUGACCCACGGGUCGUUUUCAUGGCUCAACGCCGACACGGCGACGGCAAGAGCAGCAGGAGCCGCAGGUAUGACGGCAGUGUCCUUCAGGCUGACGGGUCAUGAGGAGGUGGUUCGUGGGUCCGGCGGCGCAUGGAUCCUUGCGCCAUUUCGUGUCGUACCGUAUGAUGGAUCUGGAAGCGGCGGCGCGGCCGAUUCCGGUGCAGGCAACGGCAGCGACCCCGUCGCACCUGUUGCAGCGGCGGCCACGGCGACGGCGGCGACUAGCAAUUGCAGCAGCAUGAAUGGUGCUGCUGCAAGAGGAUGCGGUGGCGGCGGCCUCAGCGGCGUUGAGGGCGCAGUGUACGGCAGCACCUGCUGGCGUUGCGGCGCACAACAGCCGGUGCCUAUUGUGUGUAGUACAGGCGGUGGCGCCCGAGGCCAAGGUCUCAUGGCGCGGACGGCAGUCUUGGACGCUGACCGUGCGGCGACGGCAGCGGCGGCGGCGGCGGCGGCGCAGCGGCCGCCGCUUUCAUUGGCGCCGCUGGCGACGGCGGUGCCGCCAGCGGCGGCAGGACGAUACUUGAUCGUCAAGCUGCGGCUGGCGGAAGGCGCCGCUGUGGGCAUCCUGCUGGGGCCCCCGGCUGAGGUCGCUGCCAGAUGUGGCAAGUACGGCGUAACCUCGCCAGCGGAGCACGGCGCGUUCUUUGGCUGGGACAGCGCGGCGGAUCUGCCCGCGGCGCCGCCGCCCAUCAUGUUGCCGUCGCCGUCACUUGCAGUGGCCGCGGCGUCGCCGCCGUUACCUGUCGCCACGAGCGCGUUUCGGAGCCCGCCCGCCACCCCGCUCCGUAGCUACGGCGGUGCCAGCGGCGGUAGCGGUAGCGGCGGCGGCGGCGCUGCGGAGGGUGCUAUCGGCAGCGGGAACGGUGCCGGCGGUGGUAUGGUCAUUUCGUGUGAUUCGCCUCUGCUCACCGCCGCCACCGCGGCAGUCCUCGGUGCUGACGGUUGCUGCUGCACUCAGUUGCGGUCACCAGCGACGGCGGUCGCUGUCGGCGCCGCCGCCAUCCGGGGAAGGGCAACGCCGCUCGUGCUGACGGCAACGCCGCCACCCGGCGGCAGCCCGCCGCGGCUGCCGCCGCCAACCUCGCCAUCACAACAGCCCGUACGGCCUUUCAACCCCGCGGCGGCGAUCGAGCGAAGCUCGCCCUCAUUCGUCCCGUCGGCCGUGACACCCCCAUUGUACGACAUACAGCGAGAGAUCGUGCUGGGACUGGACGCCGCCACGUCACGGCUUUUGCUGUACGGCAGCGGCGGUCGCCAUCGGUUGCUGAGCAUGGCACUACCUGACGGCGCGGGGGAGGGGGCGGUUGCCGUGUUUCUUCGCAGUAGCGGCCAGGUAGCGGAGGUGAUGGGGGAGGCGGCUGUGACGGCGGCGGAUUACCGGGCCGUGCGGGUGCCGGCAGCGGGGGACGUAGCGGAGUAG